AUGACAGCUCCUACCUCUUUGGCCAGGUGUACUACAUCACCCACUAACCCAGUCUCUCGCCCAGCCACCCUGCCUCUCAGCCACUCUGCCUCCCUGCCUCCCAGCCACCCUGCCUCCCAGCCACCCUGCCUGCCAGCCACCCUGCCUGCCAGCCACCCUGCCUCUCAGCCCCCCUGCCUCUCAGCCAUCAUGCCUCCCUGCCUCCAAGCCACCCUGCCUCCAAGCCACCCUGCCAGCCUGCCUCUCAGCCACCCUGCCUCCCAGCCACCCUGCCUCCCAGCCACCCUGCCCCUCUGCCUCUCAGCCAUCCUGCCUCCCAGCCACCCUGCACCCAGCCAUCCUGCCUCCCUGCCUCCCAGCCUCCCAGCCUCCCAGCUACCCUGCCUCCCAGCCACCCUGCCUCCCAGCCACCCUGCCAGCCUGCCUCUCAGUCACCCUGCCUCCCAGCCACCCUGCCUCCCUGCCUCCCAGCCACCCUGCCUCCCAGCCACCCUGCCAGCCUGCCUCCCAGCCUCCCAGCCACCCUGCCUCCGAGCAUCCAAGCCAGCCUUCCUCCCAGCCACCCUGCCUCCAUGCCUCACAGAAGCCCAGCCACACUGA